UGAAAUGGAUGACGUGGAUCUGAAUUCUCCCAAUGUGGAGAUUAGUGACACUCACAUCCACCCCUGGGACCUGAUCCGCCAUGGGCUCUCACAGGAACUGGACACUGACCAAGGCCUCUUCCAAGAAGUUUGCCAGCGUGCGGCUCAGGACCUCGGACCAGUCUUCAUACAGAGUGUCAACAAUGCUCACCAGUUCUUUGAAGCAUUGCAUAACAAUUUAAGUAAUGAUGAAGUUCUGGUGCUGGACUAUUUAAUAGCUCUAGUGGAGUUAGUUAAUCUACAUAGCCAUCAGGGAAGUCAACCUUUCAAGAAUGUUUUACUCGAAUAUAAAGUGAAGUUAACAAAAUAUAGGGAGGACUGUGCCCGUAUAUCACGGUCUAAAGCUGAGGAGUUUAUUGGGAGAACAAAGGACCUCCAAGAUGUAGAGGAAAAACUGACUGGAAAAAAAUAUCUAGGAGUUGCUAUUUGUGGCCUUGGUGGAAUGGGGAAAACCAGUCUUGCCACUCAAGUCUGUUAUCAACUGCAGAAUGCCACGAAAAUCUGGCACAUCAAAUCCAUAGACAUGAGAGAGAAAGAAGACUUGAUAGACUUGUUGAGGGACAUGGUCGGUGAAAUAGGCCUGGACUGUAACAGUACCGAACUGAAUGACCUGUACUCAGAGCUUUGUAAUGGACUCAAGGGCAUUAAGACUAGGACAAUCUUUUUCAUGGAUAACCUGGACGAUAUGAUGAAGACAGAAGAAAAGAAAGAUAGGCUGUUGUAUUUUCUAGAGCAUUUCUGCAAAGACAUAAAAUCCAUGGGGACAGAGGUUCGUAUAUUGGUGACUCUACGACAAAAACUAGUUCCCGAGGAUAAACUACGCACAACUGCCAGUCAAAAAAUAUCUCGAGGUGCCGAGAGGCUUAGUGGUCUGAUGUUUGAGGUAGAACUCUCCAAGUUAAAACUGCUGGACGGCGUGAACCUGUUCAAAGCCUGCUGUAGGAGACCAUUCACGCCUGCUCCAGAUAACGAGGUAUGUCAGAACAUUGUAAACUUGUGUGGAGGAAGUCCUCUAGCCAUUAAAUCUGUGGGAGCAGCCGUCAGGAGUGGAAAGGUCAUUGCAGAAAUGUUGGCUAAAAAACUGGAGGAUCUCCCAAAUCUUGAUGUAGAGAGCAAUUGUCUUGCCCAGACUUUUGAUACUCUGGACAAAUCCAAGCAACACCUGCUGGCUAAACUGCAUGUAUUUGGGACAGCUAAAUUUGAUUUGGCAUUUGCAGCCUUUGUUUUAGGUGAAAAAAGUAUGGAUGAAGAAAAACCAAUAGUUUUUGAAACGAGUCUCAACAUGAUUUACUUAAAGAGUCGACAUUUUGUGGAAGUUGACGACCUGCAGAAAGAAGAGACGGAUGACAUAAGAACAACCUCCAAAAGUGCAAAGUUUUCGUUACAUCCAUUAGUUCACAAGUUUCUCCUCAAAAUUGCUAAUCAGGAAGAAUUUGAAGAGCCAGUAAAUGAAGCCAAAUCUUUAUUUGUUGCAUAUGUAGAAAAGAAAACCAACAAAAUUUUUGAAUACUUUGAGAAAAACUGUGUUAAAGCAUGGAAAGAAUUGAAAGAUUUUAAGGUUCACUUAAAGACUUACUAUGAACUGAUUCAGAAAAGUUCUCCAGAGUUUUGGAACAAAGGGUCACGCACAGUUUUGACGUGCAAAAGAGUAUCAGAAGUUGCAGACCUAUUUCUGGAGGACUAUUACAAGUUUAGAUUACUACAAAAGUGUAUUGAGCUUUCAAAGGGAGAUGAAAGAAAAUUCUUGGAAACUGCUCUUUGGCAAAUACAUCUUGGUAAGAAAUUUUUUGAAAGUGACAGAAAUGAAAUAGCAGGAGAGGUUUUAAAUUGUGUACUAAAUGAGACUCUACAGAAUAUAUCGCCUGACUUAAGCUCUGACGAAUUGGGUCAGCUGGUUGAGGUGGCAGGAGCAGUGUUUUAUCUGGCUGGAAAACUUUGUAUUCAAGACAGAAAAUACAUUGAAGCAAUGCAUUAUUUGGAAGACACAAAACAACUUUGGAGCAACAAGGUAGAGAAAGCUGUGAGGAAAAAAUACAAGAUUGAUCUGGCUCUGGUAUAUAAUUCCCUUGGGAAAGUCUAUGCCAAUAUGACUCCUCAAAACCUCCAAAAAUCCAAAUACAACCAUCUAAAGGCAUUUUUGUUUGCAUACAGAAUAUCAGAUAAUUUUAACAACAUAGAUAUACCUUUGUACAUCCAGAAUAUUGGAAGAUGUUCAUACCGGGAAGGUCUAGAACUUGAGAAACUUAAUAAAAAAGAGCAAGCGAACCAGAGCUUUCGGGAUGCUGAAACCUAUUUCCGCCAUGCUAUGAAACUUUUCGAGCAUUUCAAGAUGGAGAAGUUUGACAGCUAUGCCGAGGUUUUGAGGUCUCUUGCUUAUGUGGAAAUGAAGUUAAGGCAGAUGGGGCUGGCAGAGGACAACAUUUCAAAAUGUUAUGAGCUUCGAAAGAAGAUCAUGUCCCCACCGCACGAAGCCAUCACACUGACGGUGCAUGAUGUGGCCACGGUGAGGAUCGAGAGAGCAAUCUACUUGUACUGGGACUACUUUGAAAAUAAAAGAGGAGAUGAAUAUGCUUCUAUUAACAAGUUGUAUGAAGCGAUUGCUGACUACGAACAUUUGAUGCACCUCACCAAGUUAGGGGGCCUGCCCAGGAACCACCCCGAGUAUCCCAGUAUGAAGAGGUCCCACCUCUGGGCUCUGACACAAGUCAAAGAAACCAAGAAGAUAGAAAAGGCCAUCCAAUUCUAUAAGGACUUCGAGAGUGGAAAAUUUGAAGAAAAGAGGAAACAGAAGAGAAGUAAGAAAGAGACCACGCGGUUUUUCUACACAUACGAUCAGUUGCAGACCAUGCUAGCAGCAGGUGCUUUUGAGGGAGCAACCGUUUCUGCGUGUUCCUCGUCAGAAAGUUCCUCCGAUUCCGAUGACAAUGUUCCGGAAAGUCCCAAACCUCCUCUGGUAACAGAUACUCCUGUAACAGAAGAUUUGGUUUUACGCAAAACUAGGCUGAAUUUUAACUACGUCUUCAGGCAGUGUCCAGAGAAAGAGAAAGCUCGAUAUGGAGACACAAGCAGCGAUGAUUAUUUCAUCGAAGAAAAUUUCGAAGGCGUAAACAUUCUGGACAAUUUCAACGCUUGCGAGAACCUCUUCGAUCAAGUUCAGAAAAUGGAGUGCGAUAGUGAUGACGAUGAAAUCGAUGAAAUCGCUAGUGGAGGGUCAAUGAGACAGCUAGAGAGAAGAACCAGCGAUAUUUCCGUAUCUUCACAGAGCUCUUUAGAGGAAGAUGACCUGGAAGACAGAAGGAAGCGCUUUGCGCGCAAAGGAUCACGUGAGAGUUCGCUGCAGAACUUCCUGGAAGACAGGCUGCUGGAGUCGAAGAUCAUCACUACGGGUAGACACUCGUCCUCGUCUUCCAUAUCCAUAGAGGUCAGCAUGGAUGAAGAUUCAACAUUUGUAGAGGUAGAAAGAAACCCGGCCCUGGUGAGUUUGAAGAAGUUCAUAUAUGAUCGGUUUGCAGCGAGAGACCAACAGGAUUCAAAGAAAUCGCAGCAGGAGAUCAAGCAGAAGAGAUCGAGGAUGCAGCAGCAGCAUGCGACCAUAACUGAGGAACCAGCAGGACUAACUGAUCCAGCGGAAUCUAAAGCAACUUUAACAAAAUAUAGGGAGGACUGUGCUCGUAUAUCACGGUCCAAAGCCGAGGAGUUUAUUGGGAGGACAAAGGACCUCCAAGAUGUAGAGGAAAAACUGACUGGAAAAAAAUAUCAAGGAGUUGCUAUUUGUGGCCUUGGUGGAAUGGGGAAAACCAGUCUUGCCACUGAAGUAUGUUAUCGACUGCAGCAUGCCAGGAAAAUCUGGCACAUCAAAUCCAUAGACAUGAGAGAGAAAGACGACUUGAUAGACUUGUUGAGGGACAUGGUCGGUGAAAUAGGCCUGGAUUGUAACAGUACCGAACUGGAUGACCUGUACUGAGAGCUUUGUAAUGGAAUCAAGGUUAUUAAGACUAGGACGAUCUUCUUCAUGGAUAACCUGGACGAUAUGAUGAAAACAACAGAAAAGAAAGAUAGGCUGCUGUAUUUUCUAGAGCAUUUCUGCAAAUACAUAAAAUCCAUAGGGACAGAGGUUCGUAUAUUGGUGACUCUACGACAAAAACUAGUUCCUGAGGAAAAACUACGCACAGCUGCUAGUCAAAAAAUAUCUCGAGGUGCCGAGAGGCUUAGUGGUCUUAUGUUUGAGGUAGAACUUUCCAAGUUAAAACUUCUGGACGGUGUGAACCUGUUGAAAGCCUGCUGUAGGAGACCAUUCACGCCUGCUCCAGAUAACGAGGUCUGUCAGAACAUUGUAAACUUGUGCGGAGGAAGUCCUCUAGCCAUUAAAUCUGUGGGGGCAGCCGUCAGGAGUGGAAAGGUUAUUGCAGAAAUGUUGGCCAAAAAACUAGAGGAUCUCCCAGAUCUCGACGUAGAGAGCAAUUGUCUCGCCCAGACUUUCGAUACUCUGGACAAAUCCAAGCAACACCUGCUGGUUAAACUGCAUGUAUUUGGGACAACUAAAUUUGAUUUGGCAUUUGCAGCCUUUGUUUUAGGUGAAAGUAUGGAUGAAGAAACACCGAUUGUUUUUGGAACUAGUCUCAACAUGAUUUACUUGAAGAGUCGACAUUUUGUGGAAGUUGACGACCUGCAGAAAAAAGAGACGGAUGACAUAAAAACAACCUCCAAAAGUGCAAAGUAUUCGUUACAUCCACUAGUUCACAAGUUUCUCCUCAAAAUUGCUAAUCAGGUAGGAUUUGAAGAGCCAGUAAAUGAAGCCAAAUCUUUAUUUGUUGCAUAUGUAGAAAAGAAAACCAACCAAAUUUUUGAAUACUUUGAGAAAAACUGUAUAAAAGCAUGGAAAGAAUUGAAAGAUUUUAAGGUUCACUUAAAGACUUACUAUGAACUGAUUCAGAAAAGUUCUCCAGAGUUCUUGAACAAAGGGUCGCGCACAGUGUUGACGUGCAAAAGAGUAUCAGAAGUUGCAGACCUAUUUCUGGAGGACUAUUACAAGUUUAGAUUAUUACAAAAGUGUAUUGAGCUGUCAAAGGGAGAUGAAAGAAAAUUCUUGGAAACUGCUCUUUGGCAAAUACAUUUUAGUAAGAAAUAUUUUGAAAGUGACCGAAAUGAAAUAGCAGGAGAGGUUUUAAAUUGUGUACUAAAUGAGACUCUACAGAAUAUAUCCCCUGACUUAAGCUCUGACGAAGUGGGUCAACUGGUUGAGGUGGCAGGAGCAGCGUUUUAUCUGGCUGGAAAACUAUGUAUCGAAGACAGAAAAUAUGUUGAAGCAAUGCAUUAUUUGGAAGACACAAAACAACUUUGGAGCAACAAGCUAGAAAAAACUGUAAGGAAGAAAUACAAGAUUGAUCUGGCUCUGGUGUAUAAUUCUCUUGGGAAAGUCUAUGCCAAUAUGACUCCUCAAAACCUCCAAAAAUCCAAAUACAACCAUCUAAAGGCAUUUUUGUUUGCAUACAGAAUAUCAGAUAAUUUUAACAACAUGGAUAUACCUUUGUACAUCCAGAAUAUUGGAAGAUGUUUAUACCAGGAAGGUCUAGAACUUGAAAAACUUAAUAAAAAAGAGCAAGCGAACCAGAGCUUUCGGGAUGCUGAAACCUAUUUUCGCCAUGCUAUGAAACUUUUUGAGCAUUUCAAGAUGGAGAAGUUUGACAUUUAUGCCGAUGUCUUGAGGUCUCUUGCUUAUGCAGAAAUGAAGUUAGGGCAGAUGGGGCUUGCAGAGGACAACAUUUUAAAAUGUUAUGAGCUUCGAAAGAAGAUCAUGUCCCCACCACAUGAAGCCAUCACACUGACGGUGCAUGAUGUGGCUACGGUGAGGAUCGAGAGAGCCAUCUACUUGUACUGGGACUACUUUGAAAAUAAUCGGGGAGAUGAGUAUGCUUCUUUUAACAAGUUGAAUCAUGAAGUGAUCGAUAACUAUGAUUAUUUGAUUGACCUCAUCAAGUUAGGGGGCCUGCCCAGGAACUACCCCGAGUAUCCCAGUAUGAAGAGGUCCCACAUCUGGGCUCUGACACAAGUCAAAGAAACCAAGAUGAUAGAAAAGGCCAUCCAAUUCUAUAAGGACUUCGAGAGUGGAAAGUUUGAAGAAAAGAGGAAACAGAAUAGAAGUAAAAAAGAGACCACGCGGUUUUUCUACACAAACGACGAGUUGCAGACCAUGCUAACAUCAGGUGCGUCUGAAGGAACUACCGUUUCUGCGUGCUCCUCGUCAGUAAGUUCCUUCCAUUCCGAUGAGAAUGUUUCGAAAAGUCCCAAACCUCCUCUGGUAACAGAUACUCCUGUAACAGAAGAUUUGGUUUUACGCAAAACUAGGCUGAAUUUUAACUACGUCUUCAGGCAGUGUCCAGAGAAAGAGAAAGCUCGAUAUGGAGACACAAGCAGCGAUGAUUAUUUCAUCGAAGAAAAUUUCGAAGGCGUAAACAUUCUGGACAAUUUCAACGCUUGCGAGAACCUCUUCGAUCAAGUUCAGAAAAUGGAGUGCGAUAGUGAUGACGAUGAAAUCGAUGAACUCGCUAGUGGAGGGUCAAUGAGACAGCUAGAGAGAAGAACCAACAAUAUUUCCGUAUCUUCACAGAGCUCUUUUGACAAAGAUGACCUAGAAAACAGAAGAAAGCGCUUUGCACGCAAAGGAUCACGUGAGAGUUCACUGCAGAACUUCCUGGAAGACAUGCUGCUGGAGUCGAAGAUCAUCACUAAGGGUAGACACUCGUCCUCGUCUUCCAUAUCCAUGGAGAUUAGCAUGGAUGAAGAUUCAACAUUUGUAAGGGUAAAAAGAAAUCCGGACCUGGUGAGUUUGAAGAAGUUCAUAUAUGAUCGGUUUGCAGCGAGAGACCAACAGGAUUCAAAGAAAUCGCAGCAGGAGAUCAAGCAGAAGAGAUCGAGGAUACAGAAGCAGCAUUCGACCAUAACUGAGGAACCAGCAGAGAAUAGUGACACUCACAUCCACCCCUGGGACCUGAUCCGCCAUGGGCUUUCACGGGAAUUGGACACUGACCAAGUUCUCUUCCAAGAAGUUUGCCAGCAUGCGGCUCAGGACCUCGGACCAGUCUUCAUACAGAGUGUCAACAGUGCUCACGAUUUCUUUGAAGCAUUGCAUAGCAAUUUAAGCAACGAUGAAGUUCUGGUGCUGGACUAUUUAAUAGCUCUAGUGGAGUUAGUUAAUUUACAUAGCCACCAGGGAAGUCAACCUUUCAAGAAUGUUUUACUUGAAUAUAAACUGAAGUUAACAAAAUAUAGGGAGGACUGUGCUCGUAUAUCACGGUCCAAAGCUGAAGAGUUUAUUGGGAGGACAAAGGACCUCCAAGAUGUAGAAGAAAAACUGACUGGGAAAAAAUAUCUAGGAGUUGCCAUUUGUGGUCUUGGUGGAAUAGGGAAAACCAGUCUGGCAACUGAAGUUUGUUAUCGACUGCAGCAUGCAAGGAAAAUCUGGCACAUUAAAUUCAUAAACAUGAGAGAGAAGAAGGACUUAAUAGACUUGUAUAGGGACAUGGUAUGUGAGAUAGGCCUGGACUGCAACAGCACCGAACUAAAUGACCUGUACUCGGAGCUUUGUAACGGACUCAAGAGCAUUAAGACUAGGACGAUCUUCUUCGUGGAUAACCUGGAUGAUAUGAUGAAGACAACAGAAAAGAAAAACGAAUUGCUGUCUAGUCUACAUAAAUUUUGCAAAACAAUAAAAUCCAUGGGAACAGAGGUGCGUAUAUUAGUGACUCUACGACAGAAACUAGUUUCUGAGGAAAUACUACGAACAACUGCUAGUCAAAAAAUAUCUCGUGGUGCCGAGAGGCUUAGUGGUCUGCUGUAUGAGGUAGAACUCUCCAAGUUAAAACUAAAGGAUGGAGUGAACCUGCUCAAAGCCAGCUGUAGAAGACCACUCACUCUCGCUCCAGAUAACGAGGUAUGUCAGAACAUUGUGAACCUGUGUGGGGGAAGUCCUCUAGCCAUUAAAUCUGUGGGUGUAGCCAUCAGGAGUGGAAAAGUUCAUCCAGAAAUGCUGGCCAAAAAUCUGGAGGAUUUCAUAGACCUCGACAUAGAAAGCAGAUGUCUCACCCAGACCUUUAAAACUAUGGACGAGUCAAAGCAAUACCUACUGAUUAAACUGCAUGUAUUUGGGACAGCUAAAUUUGAUUUGGCAUUUGCAGCCUUUGUUUUAGGUGAAAAAAGUAUGAAUGAAGCAACUCCGAUUGUUUCUGAAACUAUUCGCAGCAUGAUUUACUUGAAGAGUCGACAUUUUGUGGAAGUUGACGACCUGCAGAAAGAAGAGACCGAUGACAUAACAACAACCUCCAAAAGUGCAAAGUUUUCGUUACAUCCACUAGUUCACAAGUUUCUCCUCGAAAUUGCUAAUCAGGUAGAAUUUGAAGAGCCAGUGAAUGAAGCUAAAUCUUUAUUUAUUGCAUAUGUAGAAAAGAAAAACAACAUAAUUUUUGAAAACUUUGAGAAAAAUUGUGUAAUGGCAUGGAAAAAGUUGAAAGAUUUUAAGGUUCACUUAAAGACUUACUAUGAACUGAUUCAGAAAAGUUCUCCAGCGUUCUGGAACAAAGGGUCACGCACAGUUCUGACGUGUAAAAGAGUAUCAGAAGUUGCAGACCUAUUUCUGGAGGACUAUCAUAAGUUUAGAUUACUACAAAAGUGUAUUGAGCUUUCAAAGGGAGAUCGAAGAAAAUUCUUGGAAACUGCUCUAUGGCAAAUACAUCUUGGUAAGAAAUUUUUUGAAAGUGACAGAAAUGAAAUAGCAGGAGAGGUUUUAAAUUGUGUACUAAAUGAGACUCUACAGAAUAUACCCUUUGAAUUUAAUGAAUUGGGACAACUAGCUGAGGUGGCAGGAGCAGCGUUUUAUCUCGCUGGAAAACUCUGUAUCCAGGACAGAAAAUAUUUUGAAGCAAUGCAUUAUUUGGAAGACGCAAAACAACUUUGGAGCAACAAGCUAGAGAAAGCUAUAAAGAAAAAGUACAAAAUUGAUCGGGCUCUGGUGUAUAAUUCCCUUGGGAAAGUCUAUGCCAAUAUGACUCCUCAAAACCUCCAAAAAUCAAAAUACAACCAUCUAAAGGCAUUUUUGUUUGCAUACAGAAUAUCAGAUAAUUUCAACAACAUAGAUAUUCCUUUGUACAUCCAGAAUAUUGGAAGAUGUUUAUACAGGGAGGGUCUAGAACUUGAGAAACUUACUAAAAAAGAGCAAGCGAACCACAGCUAUUGGUAUGCUGAAACCUAUUUCCGCCAUGCUAUGAAACUUUUUGAGCAUUUCAAGAUGGAGAAGUUUGACAGCUAUGCCGAGGUCUUGAGGUCUCUUGCUUAUGUGGAAAUGAAGUUAAGACAGAUGGGGCUGGCAGAAGACAACAUUUCAAAGUGUUAUGAGCUUCGAAAGAAGAUCAUGUCCCCACCACAUGAAGCCAUCACACUGACGGUGCAUGAUGUGGCCACGGUGAGGAUCGAGAGAGCAAUCUACUUGUACUGGGACCACUUUGAAAAUAAAAGAGGAGAUGAGUAUGCUUCUAUUAACAAGUUGUAUGAAGCGAUCGCUGACUAUGAACAUUUGAUGCACCUCAUCAAGUUAGGGGGCCUGCCCAGGAACCACCCCGAGUAUCCCAGUAUGAAGAGGUCCCACCUCUGGGCUCUGACACAAGUCAAAGAAACCAAGAAGAUAGAAAAGGCCAUCCAGUUGUAUAAGGACUUCGAGAGUGGAAAGUUUGAAGAAAAGAGGAAGCAGAAGAGAAGUAAGAAAGAGACCACCCGGUUUUUCUACACAUACGACCAGUUGCAGACCAUGCUAGCAGCAGGUGCUUUUGAGGGAGCAUCGGUCUCUGCUUGCUCCUCGUCAGAAAGCUUCGCUGAUUCCGAUGAUAAUGUUCCAGAAAGUCCCAAACCUCCUCUGGUAACAGAUACUCCUGUAACAGAAGAUUUGGUUUUACGCAAAACGAGGCUGAAUUUUAACUACGUCUUCAGGCAGUGUCCAGCGAAAGAGAAAGCUCGAUAUGGAGACACAAGCAGCGAUGAUUAUUUCAUCGAGGAAAAUUUCGAAGGCGUAAACAUUCUGGACAAUUUCAACGCUUGCGAGAACCUCUUCAAUGAAGUUAAGAAUAUGGAGUGCGAUAGUGAUGACGAGGGAAUCGAUGAAUUCGCUAGUGGAGGGUCAAUGGGACAGCGCUCUGAGCGCAAAGGAUCACGUGAGAGUUCGCUGCAGAACUUCCUGGAAGACAGGCUGCUGGAGUCGAAGAUCAUCACCAAGGGUAGACUCUCGUCCUCGUCUUCCAUAUCCAUGGAGGUUAGCAUGGAUGAAGAUUCAACAUUUGUAGAGGUAGAAAGAAACCCGGCCCUGGUGAGUUUGAAGAAGUUCAUUUAUGAUCGGUUUGCAGCGAGAGACCAAAAGGAUUCAAAGAAAUCGCAGCAGGAGAUUAAGCAGAAGAGAUCGAGGAUGCAGCAACAGCAGCAUGCGACCAUUACUGAGGAACCGGCAGGUCUAACUGAUCCAGCGGAAUCUAAAGUAACUGUUAAGCGAAAGAAAUGACUGUGGUUAAAGAAUUAGAAUUUUAAAGUUAAUUUUCAAUUAAUUUCUUACUGAAACUUAUUAGAAUUCAUAGCUCUCUUGAAACUGACAGCAGACACCAAGCAUCGUUUAUGAAAAAAAAAACGAGGGGAAGGGGAGAAGCACAUCAUAACAUUAAUUUCCAAUGCACGCUUCAUUUAUUUUACAUUGCCCUCAAAAAGGGGCGGGGCAACUUCAUAAUUAUCUAUUCUGUAUAUAUGUAAAUUUUAGAAAAUAUUUGCUGCGGCAACAGCCCCCGUCAAAAUUACGCCAACAAGAAGAGAACCUGAAGACUCAGACGUGUGAACAAACUUAGUUAUGCAGAAAUUUAGUUUUUCGGCAGUCUACUUUCUCAUGUUUUGGUCUCGCUGCAUUUUCUACAUUUUUCCUUUCAUGUUGAUUGCGUCAAUCUCUGUGCAUAAUCUUAGUGCAGCUUGUACAGGCUUCUGUGCACCACUGCGUCAAUAUCUUAGUGCAGUUUGUACAGUCUUCUGUACUUGACUGCGUCAAUAUCUUAGUGCAGUUUGUACAGUCUUCUGUACAUGACUGCGUCAAUAUCUAAGUGCAGUUUGUACAGUCUUCUGUACAUGACUGCGUCAAUAUCUAAGUGCAGUUCUUACAGUGUUCUGUGCAUGACUGCGUUUAAUAGUUUAGUGCAUUUUGUACAGUCUUCUGUACUUGCUGAUUGCGUAGAUGUCUUGAUUUAGUUUCUACAGUCUUUUGUAUGUGAUGAUUUUAUUGUCCCACGCCGAAACGCGGAGCGGGGACAUAGAAAUGCCGGGCGUCCGUCCGUGUUUCCGUCUGUCACACUUACUUGUAAGCGCUCUCAUGCCUACAAAUUUCGACGGAUUUUCAUUAAAUGUAUAUCAAAUGUUUAUACCACUAAUACUUUGGUCAAGUUCUAAAAAUCAGCAUUGGUCGAUACUUUUUGUUGGAGUUAUGGGACUUUGACCACAAUAAUGACUCCGUUUUAUCCAAAAAUUGACCUUGUAAGCGCUCUCAUGCCUACAAUUUUUGACGGAUUUACAUGAAGUUUAUACCAAAUGUUUAUACCACUAAUACCUUGGUCAAGUUCCUAAAUCAGCCUUGGUCGAUACUAGUAUACUGCUUGACCGGCGGGGGACCCAAGAAUUCUAUUCUUGUUUAUGUUGUGGUGCAGGUUUAACAGAUGUUGUAAACUGCGUGUAUUUAGUCAUUACAGUGUCAGUAUUGAUACUUUAAAAUAUCCUUGUGCUGGGCCAGACAAGUCUUUAUUUUCAGUUUCUGUACAUGUUUGCAUUGGUCAUCAUUAUUUUUCGAAAGUCCAAUUUUCCAAUCAUAGAAUGGACUACUUUUCUAAUAGAUUCUGUAAAUAAUCAUUUUAUCCGAAAAUCAAUUUAUGACACUAUAUUUCAACAUACAUCAGACAAUUUCUAGUAGGCCCAAUUCAGA